AUGGCGGCGCCGCCGGAGCUGGUUGACGACGUCAUCCCCGAGAUCCUCCUUCGCCUGCCGCCGGACGAGCCCAAAUGGCUCUUCCGCGCGGCCCUCGCCUGCAAGCCUUGGCUCCGCACCAUCUCCGACCCCACCUUCCUCCACCGCUACCGCGCCUUCCACGGAGCCCCUCCCCUCCUCGGGCUCAUCGACAGGGAACCACUAAUCGACCGGGUUCUCCGCUUCGUCGCCACCACAGCAGUGCCCGCCUUCUCCUUCCUCAUUCCCACCAUCUCUGCGUGGCCCACCUUCUCUGCGUUACUUUCGACCAUUUACUCAUCGGAGAUGGGCGCGUGGAGCGUGCCAGACACACUGGAAGGCAUUCAUGAUAAUAAAGCCUACGGGCGUGGUGCACUUAUCGGAGAUGAAAUCUACUUCAUGCUUUCAGGGGAUGCUGGAAUUACCAAGUAUGACUGGAGGAAGAAUUGCUUGUCUGUGGUUAAUCGUCCACCAUCGGCUGCGUUCAGCGGUGGGGUUACCCUCAUGGUGAUGGAGGACUGUUCUCUUGGGUUCGCUGGCAUUGAGCAUACCCGUAUUUAUCUGUGGUCCAGAAGGGUGAGUUCAAAGAAAUAUGCUCUGUGGUCCAGAAGGCUUCCAUAUGUUAGCUUAGGGUGUUCAUGGCUUGUUGCUGCGCUUUUUGGAUUCGCUGUAAAGAAUAACGCCAAUAACCGUGAGAGUGUAACCGAGCAUUCCUGUUAUGGACACAGGAUUCCUGAAUAUCAUGAUCGAGACGACAACUGCCACAGCACCCUUUGCAUUUCCGAGAACCUGGAGAGACAUGGAUGUCAAUAA